CCGUUUCUUCGUUGCUUUCUCUCUCUUUAUCUCUUUCUCUUUAAUUCCCUUCCCUUAUCUCCCUCUCUCUCUCUGUGUCUCUCUGAUAAUUCUUCUUGGUUAUAGAUUCUUUCUCUCCUUCUCUGUUUCAGAAUUCUCUGAAUCCUGAAUCCAGUUUUCAUGCCCGGAUCUGAUCGAUGGUCUUAUUUCUUUGCGUUUCGUCAAAUUUUCCGUGAUGAACUAUGAGUUUUUCUCGAGAACCAAACGCGGUUAGUUACUUGCAUAAUCGUAAUAAUUCUAAAAUUUUAUCUUACUUUUCUUGUUACCUUAUCGUUUGCAGAUCUUGAGAUAAAUUUUCGAGAUCUGAUAUCCAAAAUCGGAAUUUUCUUUUUCGACUAAAAACUUAAGAGAUCUGAGAGAUAAAUCAGAUAUGGCGGAGGAGCACAGAUGCAGAGCACCAGAGGGCCACCGUCUCUGCGCAAACAACUGCGGCUUCUUUGGCAGCCCAGCCACCAUGAAUCUCUGCUCCAAGUGUUACAGAGAUUUCCGUCUCAAGGAGCAGCAGCAAGCUUCCAUCAAAUCUACCGUCGAAUCCUCUCUUGCCGCGUCCGCAUCAUCUCCUCCCCUUUCAUUUCCAGCGAUCGGAUCUGUCUCCUCUCCGGCGGCCCCGGUCCUUCCAGACGUCGGCGGAGAUGUUCCGAACCCGGCGAUGGAGGUGGUGGCGGAAGAUCGGCAACCAAAGGAGGCGACAAAACAGCAACCAAACCGGUGCUUGGUUUGCAGGAAACGGGUCGGGCUGACCGGGUUCGCGUGCAGGUGCGGUAUAACUUUCUGCGGGGUCCAUAGGUACCCUGAAAAGCACGGCUGCGCGUUCGAUUUCAAGAAGCUCGGGAGGGAGGAGAUCGCGAAGGCGAAUCCAUUGGUUAAAGCGGAGAAGCUUGAGAAGAUUUGAAGUGGAGCCGUUGAUCUAUUGGCUUUUACCGUCAAUUUCCUUACCUUUCCUUUUGAAGAGAAGGAUUAUCCAGAAAGAUGAUACGGGACCUACCAGAUUGCUGAUGAUCUCCGUUCCCAUUUGAUCAGAAAUCGUCCUUCAAGGUGCUAUAAUUUCGUUACGUGCUCGUUCUCUAUGGGGCUUGCUUGAUAAUAUAUUUUUCUCUUCCCUCUUUUAUUUUUUGUUUAAUUUUUAUUUUCAAAAUAAGUUCUACUCUAUCAUGUGGCUUUGCUUGUAAAAAAUAUGAAACUCCUCUGGUUCCUUUCUUUUUCUCUGGGGUGGAAAAUUUCAAGUCCGGUUUCCUGUA